CGCAGCUGCACCUCCUCAAAACGUCUUGACUGGGUCCGCUUCACCCUACUCGAACAUUCACUUGCCUCUGACUUGCCUUCUUUCCAUCGACAUCUGGCGCUAUGACCCGAUCCCUUGACACACCCGACCCCCUGGCCGCCGCUAUCGAGCCUCCAGAGAAUGAGACGCCUGCUGAGCGAUGGGCUAGGGAGCAGGCAGAGGCAGAGGCUCGCAGGAUCAGCGAGCAAAUCGACGACCAAAUCAAAGCGGAGAAGCUGGCUAUGAGGAAGCGGAAGCCACCAAUCAAGGUCCUCCUUCUGGGCCAGAGUGAGAGUGGGAAGUCUACAACGGUCAAGAACUUCCAGAUGGCGUACGCAUAUUCGUCGUUCCUGGCUGAACGUGCAGCAUGGCGUGCCGUGAUCCAUCUGAACCUCGUCCGCUCCGUGACAUCUAUUAUGAACAUCCUUGCGCAAGAGUUCCCUGCUAGUUCUACCCCACUCGACAACGAACCUCCAUUGAACCCUCUCGAAGAAGACGACGACGAAGACGACAAAGCAUCUGUUGCCCCAACGGCUUCCCUCCUCGACGAGACACAUAACCUCCUUAUUCGCCGCCUCUCGCCGUUACGCGACGCACAGCGCGCCCUCGAACGUAGUUUGGGCGCUGCAUCUAACGAGGAAGUCAACGGUGGGCACGGCAGCGCCGCUCCUUGGGAGAGCGCGAAGUUCCGCCCCCGAGAGUUCGCCGUAACCAGCCGGAGCGGAUGGAAGGCUGCGCUGAACCGCGUACGUGGAAUGAGAGACGACGCCGAUAACGGCAAGGGAGGAGCGACUGAACGCCCCAAGCACCAACACCGCGCCUCCAUCACCCGCACGUCCGAGGCUCGCAAUUCUGACUCCAGGCACGAGCUGGAGGGAACUGAACUCGGUGUUGAACGUGCCGCGGAGGUCAUCACAUCGUGUGCGAGCGACAUGCACGCUCUUUGGACAGACACCGCCGUCAGGGCAGUACUUGACAAGCGAGGGGUGAGACCCGAAGAAUGGCCCGGCUUCUUCCUGAACGAUGUCAAGCGCGUCGCCGACAAGGACUAUCAGCCGUCAGAUGACGAUGUCGUUCGUGCACGGUUGCGGACCAUGGGCGUCCAGGAGCACCGAUUCAUCUUCGAGAAAGGUUCUGAGACCGGUCGCGAAUGGCUGAUUUACGAUGUGGGCGGUGCGCGCUCUCUGCGGCACGCAUGGUACCCUUACUUCGACGACAUCAACGCCAUCAUAUUCCUCGCGCCGAUCAGCUGCUUUGACGAGACCCUCGCAGAAGACAAGAGAGUGAAUCGUCUUCAGGACAGCAUGCAGCUCUGGAAGGCCGUCUGUUCCACUAAGCUGUUAGCGAAAGUUCAGCUCAUUCUGUUCUUGAACAAAUGCGAUCUUCUGCAAAAGAAGCUUGCGCGCGGCGUCCGCGUAGUCGAUUGGAUCCCAACCUAUCACGACAGGCCAAACGACGCGCCGUCAGCAGCGAAGUACUUCCGCGGGCAGUUCAAAGAUGCGCUCACCAAGUACUCGCCGGAGCCGCGCAGCUUUUACUCCUAUCUCACGUCCGUCGUGGACACCCAAGCCACAGCUAUUCAAGUUGCAGCAGUUCGUGAAGGAAUUCAGCGGAACCACUUGAAGGACGCCGAUAUCCUUUGAAGCUUAGGCGUCGAGCGACCUCUCUCAUUUCUGCAAUGCUCGCGACGAUGAUGUCCAGAUGACCUUCCCUCGGCAGGUCGUCAUGAACCGCUCAGUGUUGUGGUUGAAUCGAGCAGAUACCUCAUCGUACCACCUCUGCUUUCCCCGCCCAGACUAACGUACUACUAUGGUUGCUUCGCUCAUGGUUGCCACCACGCGCGCCUGCAGUGCCCGAUCUAUUUCCCUUACCUAUUCCUUAAUCCUAGUUCCAUCUCUAUGACCUUCUCUGUACUCUUGCUUUGCAGACUCCAGCCCUCGCUCGUCGGUGCCUACGCGUCCACCUCGUCUUCUUGCUCUUCAUCGUCUCACGUUAGAGUGCGGUUCGCAUUCAAUCAGUACUCUCAAUCGCCCAUCUUGCCGAUUCAAAUAUUAUAUGCCGUAUUUAUGUCACGCGCUCCCUUUGUACUCUAUGCUGUAGCCUUCGUCACG